CUCCAUUUAUAUAAGCCCAAAAUGAAGCUAAUUACGGUUGCUUCGGUACUGGCACUAAUUAGUACCAGUACUUGUAAGACAAUUCAAAAUGGUUUGUACAGUGAUUGGUGGCAAAACGCUGUGCUUUAUCAAAUCUACCCGAGGAGUUUCAAAGAUAGCAACAAUGAUGGCAAUGGGGACUUACAAGGCAUCAUAAGCAAACUGGAUCAUUUGCAAGACAUGAACAUCGAUGGUAUUUGGCUGUCGCCCAUCUAUAAAUCUCCUCAAGUCGACAAUGGCUACGACAUUGCAGAUUUUAGAAGUGUUGAUGAAUUGUAUGGGACUUUGGAUGAUUUAAAACAAUUACUAGACGAAGUCCAUAAGCGUAACUUGAAGCUCAUUUUGGAUUAUGUGCCCAAUCAUACCAGCGACCAACACAAGUGGUUUCAGGCCUCUUUAAACAAAGACCCACAGUAUGAUGAUUAUUACAUUUGGCGCAAUGCUAGUUAUGUUAAUGGGAUACGUAAAGAGCCUAAUAAUUGGUUGAGUGCCUUUGGAGGCUCAGCUUGGGAAUGGAACAACCAAAGACAACAGUAUUAUUUCCAUCAAUUCUCAACAGGCCAGCCUGAUUUAAAUUACAGAAAUCCUCUAGUUGUGAAGGAAAUGAAAGAUGUUUUGCGAUACUGGCUAGAUUUUGGUGUGGAUGGUUUUAGAAUGGACGCAGUUUUUACUUUGUUUGAAGAUGUUACCUUGCCUGAUGAGCCUCUUUCAGGCGAAACUGAUGAUCCAAAUAGCUAUGGUUAUUUGUCUCACAUCUAUACAUCUAAUUUGAAUGAAACUGUAGACAUGAUUUAUCAAUGGAGAGAUGUUUUGGAUGAAUACAGCAUCAACUAUACUAGAAUAAUGAUGACUGAAGUCUAUAGUGAUGUUAAUAAUACAAUGCGCUAUUAUGUUAAUGAAGAUUAUAGUAGAUAUGGAGCUCAUUUUUCUUUUAAUUUUAACAGUUUUGUUACUGGCCUUAAACAGGGCUUCAAUGCAGUAGAUUUGUAUGGAAACAUAACCAUUUGGACUGAUAAUUUGCCUAACAAUUGCACUAGUAAUUGGGUGCUUGGUAAUCACGAUCAAACAAGAGUAUCUACAAGAUUAGGCAUUGAAAACAUAGACGCCUUAAACAUGUUAGUAUCGAUUCUGCCAGGAGUUCAAAUCACAUAUCAAGGCGAAGAAAUUGGACAGGAAAACGGUGAAGUCAAUUGCACGCAAGGCUAUGAUCCUCAAGCAAUCAAAAAUUGCUCAACUUAUGCUCAAUUGAGCCGCGACUUUGAACGCACCCCUUACCAAUGGGAUAAUACAACUAAUGCAGGUUUCAAUGAAGGCAAUCAAACUUGGUUGCCUGUAAGUGAAAAAUACUUACAAACCAAUCUUGCUAUUGAAAGAAAUUCUAUUAAGUCCCAUUAUAACAUCUACAAAACCUUGGUGGAUGUUAAAAAGCAAUUUAAAGUAGCCACAAGUGACGCCUUGUAUUUGGCUGAUUGGGACAAGGAAAUAAAUGUGUUUUACAUUGAGCGGCAGACUGAUUUUGCUCAUUACGCAGUCAUUUUUAAUGUCAAUGACGAAAAAAUCAAGCCUCCAUUGGUUAUUCAUAAUAAGGUUGAAGUUGUUGUUGGUAGUUUGAACAGCCAAUAUAAUCCAGGGGAUGUUUUCGACUUUACCAGGCCUUUGAAUCCAAAAGAAUCAAUCCUAUUGAAAAUAACACAUUAAAUAAAAAAGUUUCCAAGUAUAUUAUUGCAUUUUGUUGUUUAUUAUAAAUGGAAUGCUGAAAUUUUCACUGAAUUUCAUCUCAAUAAAAAAACUAUAAACCCUGAAAAU